AUGCGUCUGGGCAUCAUGAGGCACUGUGGGCCAUCAACAGCAGCAGAAAUAUACUCCGGCACGAUUGACAACCUCAUGUAUAUGAAUAGCCUAACGAGAGGAGGGGCCGUACCACAUGUGUUGGCUAAUGAGCCUGGCCAGCUAACUAACCUUUCAGUGGGAGAGCAUUUUGCAAACACUGAACACAACUCCUUCGGCUAUAGGAUAGCUAUGAAUAAGGAUAAGUCAGGACCUUGCAGGAAGGUUGAGCAGCAGUGCGAGCGGGAGCUUGUAGCAGGAGCCUGUUGGGAAGCCGAGCACGCUAGUAUGCUAGGGCAUCUUGAGUUCAAGAAAGAAGUGAUGUUGAGUCUGUUGAAGAGCAUGAAGGGCCCAAUGGCGAGAAAGAUCUGGAAAACUGGAGGGAAAGAAAAGAAUGAAGCACUGAUAAACUUUGCUGAAGACUUCUUUGAUGCUUUAAUGGCAGUUUUUAAUUCCAGUAAAGAAGGGCAAUGCCAAGUGCUUGAUGAAUUCCUGCAUCGUACGGGCUCCAUAGUCACUGAUGAUGGUGUUAAUAUUUGUAUUCAAGAAGAGGCAAUGAAGAAGAUGAACACAAUGCUUAAUCAAAUGUCACGUGAAGACAGGAAGAGGCUCCUCCUAACCACAAAAAUGCGACGUUUGAUGAAUGAUUUUGGCAAAAGGAUUUUGGAUGCUGGUGAUUACAAUUUACAGGUUGCUAUAACAGAAAGCCUGUGUAGAAUGACAUCUGAGACUCAACGGCAAGAAAUGGCUGAUGAAUGGUUUUGCAUGGAGUUUGUUGCUGAUGCAUUUAAAAGAAUUAAGGAUUCUGAAUUUGAAACAGAUUGUAGAAGAUUCCUCAACCAAGUUAAUGGUACGCUCGGAGAAAGGACAAGUGUUUACACAUUUCCAUGUUUGGAAGCUUUUCUUGGUAAGCAUGAGCUGAAGAUGCCAUCCGAUGAUAAACUAGAAGAGUUCUGGAUUGAUUUUAAUGUUGGCAGCCAGAGUAUGUCAUUUUAUGUCAUUACUGAGGAAGAUGAUGAGGAGCCAAUGUGGGAGACUGUCUGUUUACCUGAAGAGGAUGUAGAAAGUUACAGUGUUGAUGUAAAAGAUGAGAAGAGAUUGUUAGCUGUGGACAUGAAUACUCCCUUCAGAAUUGGGAACAUUGAAGGAAACCAGAUACAGAUAUUCUUUGAUUUGACUCUGGACAUCUUUAAUACUGUUCGAAAAGUUUAUGGUUCUACAAAAUUCAAGGAACUAUCAAUGAAAGACAGGAUCUCGGAAGUGAAAACAGCAGUCCAUGUGAUAUUUGAUGGUAGCAAUUCACAGGUCUUGGUUGCUGAAAGUCAAUUCUCAUCACCAGACAAUAAAGGACCAAAAAAUGGAAAAGUGUCUCACACCAAGACAUUUUUUAUACCAGGUACAGGAACUGGCCCUCAGCAGCCCUCAAUAUCUGCACCAAAGACACUUGCUCCACACAAGCAAAGGACAUCGGAAGUAGCAAUGUUUGUAAAUAGUACAGAAAGGCUGGCAACAAAGACUGCCUGUAUACCAACUAUAGUAAACACAACUCCAGCAAGGAAAAAUAAAGCGAAGCCUCCUUUGGAAAUGAAAAACCUAUCAGGAAGACGAUCUACAAUUAAAACGCAGGAUGUAGAAUUGGGAAACACUGUUCAUCCAACUCCCUCUGGAGAGAGUAUGAAUAAGCUUUUAGAAGAAUGCAGCUCAAAGAUGUUUGCUGCCAACAGAGUUGUUGAAAUACUGCAAGAACAAGAUGACGAAAGUUCAGUGCUACAGAAAGCACCACUAGACAGAACAGAUGACAUUGUUCCUGAUUCUCAACUUUUGGCGGCGAAAGAAAAGCCUUUAUUGCCUGGUCUUUUAGAAAUGACCCAAAAAGAUCAAAGAUCAUUAUCCAGGAAGAAAUGCUGGGUUUCUGACAGUCCUGCUUCAAGCUGUAGUACUGUGGAAAGACAAACUUCCUGUAUGAAAUACACCAUUGAGCAAGAUGAAAGAGUUAUAAAACACCAAACAUUUUUCUCAAUAUUUGAUGAAAAAUCACCAAGUCAUGAUCAUUGCAAUAAAACACAAACACUGGAGCAACAACUAACAGACAAAGCAGCAAAACUAACUCCAGCUGAAAACCAUGAAACAAGUGUAAAGCAUAUUAAUGACAGUAAGAAAAGAAUUAGACGUACCUUUGAUCGAAGAUUGCUUCCUUCAGGCUCAAAGGAUGACUUUUCUAAAACUGAAGGACUGUCCUUGGACUCUAUCUGUCAGACAGAAAAGGUGUCUUCAUUUGGCUCCAUUAGAAAAUUGGACGUUUCUGGUGGAAAAUUUGAUGAGAUCUGCCAUGAUACUGGAUCAAAAGAGCAGAAUAAUCCACAAAGAGGCAACUGUUCCAAGAGACAUAGCAUGGAUUUGACUUGCAAAAAUCGACUAAGAGGUGAUGAGCAGAAAUAUGGCUUGAGGAAGGAGGGUACGAUUACUGAAACAAUGAUUGGUGCAAUUGCUGCAAAAUAUGCAAAUGAGAAAAAAGACAAACCUUUGAAUACAGAUAUAGAACUUUUCAAUAGAUCCGAAAGUGGUGAAUCACAAUGUCUUGGUAAAAUGCAGAGAAAGAAAUUGAAAGAAAAGAGGAGAACUGAUAAGGAACACAGAGGACAGAGUUUAAACAGGAAGAUGGAAGAUAGAUGGUACAGGUUUACACGGUGUUGUCUGAGGAUCUGUGGUGAAUAUCUGGAGUGCAUUCUUGUGGAUAUACACUGCUGCUCAUGA